CAUCUGCAAAGACCUCCAGUUGCUACAUCUACUCCUAUUGUAUCACCGGAUCCUCCAGAAGCACCUGUGAAGCCCAGCAAUCCUCCUGUGAUAUCUGCCACACGCAAUGAACCCAUUGGUCUCAAAGCAGCAGACUUUCUGCCUGCAGUGAAAGGCUCAUCACCAACUGAAGUAGUGGAUGAAGAAGCUGUGUCUCAGAUCCGGAAGGGGCAUGAUACAAUGUGUAUGGUACUGACCAGCCGCAUGCGCAGCCUGGAUACAGUGAGGGUGAUGUAUAGCACAGGGGAUAUUAAGACCACCAUGGACUCUGCUGUGGCAAUCAAUGACCUCUCAGUUGUUGUGGAUCUUCUAAACAUCAUUAACCAGAAAGCGUCCCUCUGGAAACUGGAUCUUUGCACGACUGUCUUACCUCAAAUUGAGAAACUGCUACAGAGCAAGUAUGAGAGUUAUGUACAGACCGGGUGUCUCUCACUAAAGUUGAUUCUGCAGAGAUUCCUUCCGCUGAUCACAGAUAUCCUUGCUGCGCCUCCUUCGGUUGGUGUGGAUAUAUCUAGAGAGGAGAG